AAUAUACUCUGUCGUACUCUGCAUUUGUGACAGGCGUCGUUCUAAGGGAAGGCAAUUCGUAUUUGUCAGCUUCUUACUUGAAGGUCCUGUGCUUGGUGCCGUAAAAGACAAUCAUACGAACUUUCUGAUCCACGUUUCGUGCUGCAGUGAGUGGACCUUACUUGGAUAGAGUGGACCUUACUUGGAUGGAGUGGUCAUCACUUGGAUAGAGUGGACCUUACUUGGAUAGAGUGGACUUUACUUGGACAGAGUGAACCUUACUUGGAUAGAGUGGAUAUCACUUGGAUAGAGUGGACCUUACUUGGAUAGAGUGGACCUUACUUGGAUAGAGUGGACUUUACUUGGAUAGAGUGGACCUUACUUGGAUAGAGUGGACUUUAAUUGGAUAGAGUGGACCUUAUUUGGAUAGAGUGAACCUUACUUGGAUAGAGUGGACCUUACUUGGAUAGAGUGGACCUUACUUGGAUAGAGUGGAUAUCACUUGGAUAGAGUGGACCUUACUUGGAUAGAGCGGACCUUACUUGGAUAGAGUGGACUUUACUUGGAUAGAGUGGACCUUACUUGGAUAGAGUGGACUUUAAUUGGAUAGAGUGGACUUUACUUGGACAGAGUGAACCUUACUUGGAUAGAGUGGAUAUCACUUGGAUAGAGUGGACCUUACUUGGAUAGAGUGGACCUUACUUGGAUAGAGUGGACUUUACUUGGAUAGAGUGGACCUUACUUGGAUAGAGUGGACUUUAAUUGGAUAGAGUGGACCUUAUUUGGAUAGAGUGAACCUUACUUGGAUAGAGUGGACCUUACUUGGAUAGAGUGGACCUUACUUGGAUAGAGUGGAUAUCACUUGGAUAGAGUGGACCUUACUUGGAUAGAGCGGACCUUACUUGGAUAGAGUGGACUUUACUUGGAUAGAGUGGACCUUACUUGGAUAGAGUGGACUUUAAUUGGAUAGAGUGGACUUUACUUGGAUAGAGUGGACCUUACUUGGAUAGAGUGGACUUUAAUUGGAUAGAGUGGAACUUACUUGGAUAGAGUUGACCUUACUUGAAUAGAGUGGACCUUACUUGGAAACUAAACCUACACGAUGCCGAGGAAGAGUCUUGGGUUUCCCUUCCUCGUCUUUGUGUUGCUGGGGACGUUUAUAAUGUUUGUAACCUUCAAAUUGACAUAUCAGGAAUAUAACGCAAGGAAGUCUGAUGAUUCAGCAAGGAUCGCACCAGUGAUAGCUAAUCCCUUACCGGGGGGCCAACCCAUGCCCACGUUGGAGGUGUUGAAGACGUUGAACAGAGAACAGCUGUCACAGAUAUACCACAACUAUGUGAACAGCGUUCAGAUGUCAUGCAAGAAGGUGGCCAGGCGUGGCAACGUCGGCGACGGUGGCUGGAACGUUUGUGAAGACCCUCCCUACGAAAUCAAGACACCCUGCAAUAUUUACUCCUUUGGGAUCAACUACGACUGGAGUUUCGACGACGCAGUGGCUGCAACAUACGGCUGCCAGGUCCACUCAUAUGAUCCCAGCAUGUCAAAAGUGCCAGAUCAUGACAGGAAGAGCAACAUUCAUUUCCAUCGGACAGGCCUAAAUACAUCUGAUACCACGAACUCUAUGGGUUGGCGUAUGCUGACCUUCUCCUCCAUUUUGAAAGAAAAUAGCCACACAGAAGCUGUGAUCGAUCUACUGAAGAUUGAUAUUGACUAUUCGGAAUGGUGGGCAUUUCCUGAAAUGUUAAAAAGUGGAGCUCUGAAAAAUGUGAAACAGUUUUGUUUUGAGAUUCACGUCAAGCUGAACAGUCAUCCGGAGCCGGACAUAGACAAGUACUUGAAAGGUCUGGAGCUGCUGAGAGACUUCUACAAUGCAGGUUUUAGGAUAUUCCUUACAAAUAAAAAUAUGGACGCUAAAUACAAGUCAGUAUUUGGCAUGGAGCGAACAGGUUGUCAUGAGAUUUACAUGGUACGCAGUGACAUAAGGACAUUUGGGUGACGUGGGUUGUUUUUUUUAAGACCAAUGUAUUUGAGAAGUGUCUUCACGAUGCGAUGACGUCAUUUCUUUGGUAAACCUCGCCCGUUUUCAUCGAUCAUUAGUUAUACGCCAGCGUGUGCUUAAAUUAGGCAUUCCAGGUCAGAGAAAACCCAAGCACACAAGAACCGUCCAAAAUGUGAAUUUGGUGGUUACUGCAUCUUGAGAUAACAUGUGCCUUACUAGUCAUUGGUUUAAGCCCAAAGCUGUUGUAAUUGAAGACAUGCGUACUUUUGAAUCCAAGGAUCACGAUCGCCUUAAUGAUUUACUUUCCUGGGGCCCGCUAUACAAAGCGAUCUUAGCGCUACGACUACCGUAAGUCUGUGUUAAAGUAUGGAAGCUACCGCCAUGUCCAGGUCGUUCUCGUUCAGAUGGUGUUCUUUGGCGUCAUAAGCGCAUUCUGACUGCUUUGUCGUGUUUAAGCACAUAUCAUUGAUUUAUUGAGGUCGAGUCUUCUUGCAGGUUACGGAAACAGACGAGUGGUUACGAAUGGAUUUUUUUCUUGGGCCUAUCAAUAUUCGUGACCAACUCAUGUUAUUCCGUUACAAGACGAAUAGUGACUCGUGCCCCUUUCGUGGUCAUUUUUACGACUGGGUUGCGUCUAAGGGUAAACGGGCAUAGUUAAAAGCAUUGUCAACUCCAUAUUUCCUUGCAAGUCAUAUAUUUUCUAGUUGCUUAUUAAAAGACAUUGGGACUUACAGUUUUUAUACAGUUUGACUUAACACGUUUUACUGUAUCAAGGGUAAAUUUUAGAUGCAAGACAUGUGUAAAGUUCUAAAAUUAUUCCCGACGGAUUGUUUGCCCAAAAUGCUUGAAGUCAUACGUGCAUUCUGAUUGGUUUGUCGUAUUUUCGCAAAUAACCUUCAUAAAUAGGGGGAUGAGUAUUCAUGCAGAUUAUGGAAAGGGGCGAGUGGUGACGAAUUUGCCUAGUACAUGUUUUCAUUUAUGUUCUCCGUAAAUCAAGGCGUGGUCAUUCCUAUUUCAAACAUUCACGAUAAUUCGCGAUUGUAAGUUGGUAUUUGAUUCAGUGAUGUCUAUGAAUAGUUUGCUUUGGUUUUGAUGGUACUGGUGUUACAUUAGCAUUUGAACUCAAUGGUUGGUGUAGAUAGUUGGCUUUAAUAUUGAUCGUACCAGUGACAUUAACGUUUUAAGUUAAAUGUUGAAAGUAAGUAGUUCACCCUCGGUUUGUGUGACAGGUGUGUAUCGGCAUGUGUUACAUCGCGGCGAUACGCGAUAUGUUAGUAUGGCGCUGCACUGGAGCGUUCAACAAAUGCAACUUACAGCAAUUUGAUUCGAAGCACUCUGGACAAAUAAGGGAGGAUGCGGUCUGCGUUAUGGGAAAAUGAAUAUUUUAACCAUGUGCUGUUGUGAAUUGUCCACAAUUACCAAAUCAUGUUACGUCAUCCUUUGUUCAACAACGUCAUUACACUCAAGAGUGAUGUAACGUCUAUCACACAGCUGUCAAUCUGUACUUUUGUGACACGUUUACAAUGUUGAAUAAAUCUCUCUAACACUCGU